AUGCCUACGGCGGCUGGUCCAGGCCCAUUCCCCAACCAGCGAACAUCCAAGUCGAACCUGAGGAAGGGCGGUCGACAAAGCCUCUCUGCUGUUGAAGACGGGCAGGGCCCGCAACAGGAGGGUGGCGAUGUGGACGAUGACAGACAUGGCUCGGUUACAUCCGAAGGGUCGAAGGAGAACAUCGGGAAUCAAAUCAGGAAAUAUCGUUCAGAAGACAAUGCAGAGUGUAACUCGAAUCCAAUCUCAUGCUCGUCGGGGGAGGGGACCAGUUCGCAGAAACAAAACUUCGAUGAGGACAAAGAUGCUCUGCAGAACGAGGUUCUUACCCUGAGAAGGAAAUGCAGCGAUCUAGAUGCAGACAAGCAACAAUUGCUACAUUCUUUCAAUGAGGUCCAGAAUCAGUUGGAAGCGACAUUGUUUGCCGAAGAGAUUCAAGCUGAAUUUCAGGAUCAGGAGGGUGUGAAGGACACAGAUUGGCCAACAAUCUGCAAGAUGCAAUCAGAGAAGAUUACAAAUUUGUUGGAAGUGACAGAAGAUCAGAAAGAUCAAAUCGAAUAUCUGCAGCAGAGUUUCGACGAGCUACAGCAGGCUUACAAUGAACUUUGUGAUGACCGCAAGGCUGCCUCUGAACUGCAAGCUAAGAUCUUUGAGCUCAAUCUUGAAGUUCAAUCUCUGUCCAAGAAGUUGACAGAAGCACAGAGUCUGAACUCUGUUGCUACGAGCGAGCUUAAGUUGCGCGCCCGACAGACUACGGCUGCGCAGAAGGAGGUAGAACAGUUGAAGAAGGAUUUGAAGCACGUCAACACCGAAUACGAGAUUCAAAAGGCGCAUCUGAGAAUGGCUAGGUCCCAGUUGUACUAUUUCAUAACCCUAUUGAACGAGGACGAGGGCCGGACCUUGGACCAGGAUCCCAAAGAAAGCACACUCUCUCUCCCUCAGCUGCUGGAAAGCGUCAUUGAAAGGCACGCGGCGUUGACGGCCGAGCAAGACAAGGACGCCAAGAGUUUGCAGAAACAAAAUGAGGAGCUUACGGAGCGCGUGACGUUGCUGGAAGAGGAGAAUCAGAGGCUACACGAUCGCAACAAGCGGCUUCAGAGUGUGGCUGUCAUGAAGAGCGAGGAGUCCCUUGAGGUGGAGAGGAGGUACCAAGGUCAGCUCAAGUUCUGGAAGGACGCGGCCGAGGCCGGCGCUCAGUGCAUAGCGACUGCGGCCAUUGAAAGCCCUGUGAUGUUGACCCCCCGAGAAGCUUCUGAGUCGAGUCAGGACGAUCUUUUCUCUCCUCGCAGCGCUAGCUCCAACGAGCUGCAUGAGUCCUACAUGAAGCCAACGCCCACUCAGAUGCGCGAUAAACAGGGAGGAGCUGAAAACAAGCACUGGGCAACUCCCUCCAAAGCUCGUGCAGCCCUUGACGAACAUGACGACUCUAUCGAACCAGACUUGUAUGCUCAGACGCUCGACUUAGAGCAGCCUGAUCGCAGCUCCCCGCACCCUCGGGCCUCCAAGGGUCGCGACGCCUCAAGGCAAGAGCACUCAAGGAUCAAGACGAUCAAGACGCGCGAGAGGAAGUCACCUGCAAUCUUCCUGUCCCCGAGGACCAACGACCAGCCCAACUUCGUCGCUCCUUCCCCCAUCCAUCAUCCCGUUCAGCGUCUUAAUGAUUCUGAGUUGUCCGGCAAAGUCAUCAACGAUCAGCUGAUGAUCCAAGUGCUCCAGACCUCGUUGUGCUUAAGUUCGUGUGUCUAA